AGAUUAGUGAGAGCGGGGAGGCGCGGACGGGGUACUCUACCCGAGUACCGUCUGCAUCUGGCACUUCGUGCCGUAGUAGCCCGAGAAGCAUUUGCAGAGGCCCGAGUCGUAGUCGCACAAUCCUCUUCCCGAGCAGUCCCGGCCCUUCGUGUUGCCCAUGCCCGAGAGGAUGUCCGUGCCCGACGGGCACUCCUGGAGGCUACAGUCGGGGCCACGGAAUCCGAGAUCGCAGACGCACCCCACGUGCUUCAUGGCGUCCCAGGGCGUCGAGUAGACCGUGCCCGCUUCCGAGGCGAGCUGCUUCUGCGUGUAGCAGAUGCCGCGGUCCGAGCAGUCGUUCGGGCAGGAAGUGCGCUCGCACGCGAUGCCCUCGUAGCCGUCGAAGCAGUCGCACUCGCCGGACUUGCGGUCGCAGGAGCCCUGGUUGGAGCACUCGGCCAUGCCGUGGACGUCGUUGUGGCCGGCGACGGGGUACUUGACCCAGGCCGUGUCCUUGGGGCACGUGCGCUCCGAGCAGUCGGCGGCCUGCCAGGCCGUGUCGUUGUUCGGGCGGAGGUGGCAGGUGCAGCGGUCGUCGGCGCCGCACGAGCCGUGGCCGGAGCAGCCGUUCGGGCAGUAGGCGUAGGCCGAGGCGGCGAGGAGGAGGAGCUUGUACAUCGUUUUGUGGUGUGGUGUUUUUUUUGUUUCUGCGAGGGGGGGGCGCGGCGUCGGGUCCGGGGCUCUCAGCGCGCGCGCGGCGGGGCGGCGGCCGGCGGCGGCCCGGGCAGCCCCCGGGAGCUGCGCUCGGUGGGAGCCGGAGCAGCCCGUGGGAGCGAGGGCACGCGGCGCGAUGCCGGGCAGCCCUAGCGCCGCGGGGCGGCCUAUUGGUCCAGCGAGCUUAUUUAACGAGCGUCUGCUCUUCGCAGAGCAGGGACGUCGCGGUGAAGCGGGACUCCCAGGAUCCGAGGCGAUGGUCCUUUUCAGUGUGUUGGCAGCCUAAUUUUGUAGUUGCGCGGGCUGUAACCUUGUCAAAAGAGCCUCCAAAGCUGGUCCAGCGGCUAUAAUCU